AUGGUUUCUACCGCUACUUUUUUCUUUUUUAUCUACUUACUACUCUUCGUAGUGAUAGGGUUCUUCUCGUCGUUGUUCAUAAUUCCCCUGUUGGGCAUUUCCUUUGUUUUUGCCAUUGGCGUGGUAUCAUUUGGAUUCUGCAGCAAUAUGAGUUUCAAAAUGGCACAACUCGUUUAUGUUCGAGCUGACACUUUCUUGAAAAAAGUCCUCGACAAAAUGGCCCUGCAAACAGAGGCAGCACAACCACAGGAACCACAGGAACCAGGGGAACCACAGGAAGCACCUUCCACAUUAAGGCCGGUAUCCAAUCCAACUAUUCCAAGCCCACUAAGACAAACGGCGCGCCCCUCUAAGUUCGUCACUGAAGAAGAUGUUAUUUUCGAACCUGUUAGUGCUCAGAGUGCCAUUGCCCGUUCUUUAGAGACCACAGCUAAGAAAGCGGGUAACGGGUUUCAGCUUUCUUAA